GCCAUAACUGUGGCAGUUCCCAAUGUGGCUACCUCAUAUCAUCAUCCUUAGAACCUGUCCGAACAUUGAAUGUCUAGUUUGAUUGCAUAUAAUACCUGAUACUGUUUAAUGACGAACGCCUAAAAGUCUGGGACGCAAUAUUAAAGAAAGACCCACAGCUCGACUAGAAAACACUCCUGAGAAGAAUGGUUGACCUCUUGUUUGUUCCGACGAGUUCCUGAGCGAAAUAUUCCUAUGCCGCCUCCUAUCUAAGCCAUGGAUUUUGGGGACCUGGACUCUGAUGGCGGGGGAUUCGGCAGCGAGAUGCGGACGAAGCCUCGUCCUCUCCCGGCUGACCUCCCCAAGUCCCUAGACGACCGUAGGGUAGUGUCGACCGAGUUGGUCCCGGAGACUGAGAUGUACGAUGGCUGGCAAGGCCAAUCGCAGUUUCUGACGAGCCCGAUGAUAGCGAAACCCCUUCAGUUUAGCAACCUAACUCUAGACGAUCCAAACUACGAUGAAGACUUGACUAAGGGCAUGCCCGAUAGCGAUACACGACUGAUGCAGAUGCUCGCGGCGCAGGCACAGCAUCUUGGAGGGCAAGCGUUCGGUGACGUAAAUGCCAUCGCAACAGACGAUAAGCUAUCGGACGACGAAAAGAAAUCGAUGCUACAAAAGGUUCUGAUUAUGUCCGCAAGCAAUGGAGACCUCGACAAUGUAAAGAGAAUACUUGACGGCAAGGCGAGGCCGUUCGUCGACAUAAACGCGCCUGAUGAUGAGGGGACGCCAUCCCUAGUUUAUGCAAGCUGCUUUGGACACGAAAGUGUCGUGCAGGCCCUUGUAGAUGCCGGUGUUGAUGUGGACAGGCAAGACCGCAACCAUUGGAGCCCCUUAAUGUGGGCGAUGACGAAUAGGCACAAGAGCAUCGCAAAAAUAUUGCUGGACAAUGGGGCAUCCCCGGAGGCGAAGACUUCUUCUGGGAGAACAGCUUUUGACUUCGUUCCACCAGACAGCGAGAUGUCCUUCUAUCUCCACGAUAACGGCUACGGCAUUGGAAACGCUGGGGUGACAGAUGAUUUCUACAAUCCAGGCUUCUCCCAAGACAGAUUCGAAGAAGAGAUGGCCGAGAAUGAAAUACGGCGGCGCAUGAUGAUGGACAGUGCACGAGAUCUUGAGGUCGACUUAGGCAACAUGGGAAUAGAUGACCAACCCGAGCCCAUGGACGAAUUCGAAGAAGAGCUGCAGGAAUUUGACUGGAGUCGAUGUUUACAUGAUCAGAUGUUCGUCUUUCAAGAGAGCGACCUGGAUAGGAUACUCGAUAUUGUUAUUACCAAUAUGCAACCUCAGCGCUCGCCGUCUCAGAAGCCUGUCCCGGCAAAUAUGAUAUUCCUUAGCGCUAGAUAUGCUCACUACCAUUCUAGUCGCGAUUUAUUGACAAAGUUGCUCGUCACUGCUCAAGAUAAAAUUAACGAAGUCGUGGAAGCUCAUCAAUGGGACAUGACUAUCUUGGCCUUUUGGAUGUCAAACGCAACCCUCUUACUACACUAUCUAAAGAAAGACGCCGGUUUAGUUGAGGCGACAACUGAGUUCCAAGCGCAACUUGCAGAACUCAUCAAUGAGAUCUUCAUCCUCGUCGUCAGGGAUGCAGAGAGACGAUUAGAUAAGGUCCUAGAUGCUGCGAUGCUUCAUCAUGAGACCAUUCCCGGAUUAGAUGAUGUCACUUUCCAGCACGAAUGGAAGAUAUUUAAGAGAAAAAAGGAAGUGAAAGAAGAGCCUCUCGAGAAGCGAUUCCGACCUCCUUCGCCAAAGCAGCGAGCCAAGCCGGCUCCCCGAAACGUGACAUCGCUUCUUUCAUCUACUUUAUUUGUCCUUGACCUUUACGAUAUUCAUUCAGUCAUUACGGCGCAAAUCAUAUCACAGUUGCUUUACUGGCUAGGCGCGGAACUUUUCAACCGAAUUAUGAAUAAUAGAAAAUACCUCGCCAGAACUAAAGCCAUGCAAAUCAGAAUGAAUGUUUCAGUACUGGAGGACUGGGCUCGUUCCAACAAUCGCCAACCCGAACAUUAUGAGCAUGGGGAAACAAGUUCAUCCGGCGAGACGACGAUGGAGGCGGCGCGCAGGCAUCUAGCGCCUGUUGUACAACUCUUGCAGUGGUUGCAAUGUUUCUCAUCCCUAGAUUCGGAUGACUUGGAGGCGUUGGUUGGAACACUACAGCAGCUCAAGCGGCUAAGUCCGCAGCAGCUAAUAUAUGCCGCUAAGAACUAUCGACUAGAAGUUGGAGAAAAGGGAUUGCCUAAGAGCGCAUUGAAGUACCUUGAUGCGAUUCAGAAGGAGGCCGCACUCAGGAGGGACCGCAGGAGGACGGUAUCCCCCAUGCCGUCUAGCACGCCAUCGACACCUGUCAAGACCACGUUCAACGGCGUUACCGCAGAAACUCCAGGCAGCUUCCAAGGCACACCGAAUCCAGACCAAGACGACGACGAUGAUGUGCCAGAGGGCAUCAAUCUAGAUCCCUCCUUGAUGUUACCGUUCACUCUUCCAACUGUCACGGACAUGCUUGUGACUUACGGUGCCGGAUUUGGAGGAGUUAACCGGGAGCGGGAGAGGAAAUACAUACCAACAAUCCCACCGGAGUUUCUUGAUAAGCUAGAAGUGAGCGGUAAUUCAAACCGACCAAUCUUCGGCGAGAGAGAUUGGGAGAAUGAAGAAAUUUGAUGAGCUGACGGAUGUUCGCUUAGUAGUCAGCGAAUGAGUAACGACCGGUAGCUAGGGCCAGCUCAGCCUGCAUGAAGCUCUACUCAUCGCUACAAACCUACAUACCUACCUAAUACGUUGACAUCACCGAAAGCCGUCGCGUUGGCGCCAACGGGAAGGUUAUAGUUAUCGACGCGGUAAUGAACCCUAUGCAAGCUGCAAGGGACAGACGCGUGGCGCAGGGGGAACUGGGGGUUUCAAUUGCAUACAGUAGCAUGGAUCUUUCGGGAGAGGCAACGGGAUGAGUCAGAUGAAGCCAGUAAUACAUCUCGAAACUAGCACUAGUGCAUCUUACCGUAGUGUGCUGGACACGAUAGGGAUGCCUAUUGGCGGACGUCUUAAUAGGUAUCAAUUGGGAACCCUUAGGCAGAUAACUUGUAUGCACGGACAAGGAAGAGAAGAUAGAAAAAAACUUUUUUUUUCUACCAACAGACUGGGCUGACUAGGUUCAUCUCGACGGGAAUGUGAGAAAUGUCGUGGCUGCUGUCUAGCGGUCCCGUUCAACUUCAGGUAACCAACCAAUGGAAUUUUAUGUUACCUACCGCUU